GCAAACAAUUCCUCCCUCUACCCCAUCUCACGGAGCAAACAAUUCCUCUCUCUACCCUAUCUCACGGAGCAAACAAUUCCUCCCUCUACCCCAUCUCACGGAGCAAACAAUUCCUCUCUCUACCCUAUCUCACGGAGCAAACAAUUCCUCCCUCUACCCCAUCUCACGCAGAACAAAUUCUGUUUCUAGGUACCUAGCUAGACCAUGGGCAGCAACACCCUAUCGUCGGUGCGCGAGAUCCGGCAUUCUCAGCGUGCCAAUGGGCCUGCGGCUAUCCUUGCUAUCGGCACGGCGAACCCGCCCAACUGCGUCUCCCAGAAGGAGUACCCGGACUACUACUUCCGCGUCACCAAGAGCCAACACCUCACUGACCUCAAACAAAAACUCAGUAACUUCUGCGAGAUGACCUCAACGGAGAAGCGCUACUUCCACCAUACGGAGGAGCUGCUGGACGCCCACCCUGAAUUCCUCUGCCGCGACACGCCGUCCCUAGACGCUCGGCUAGACAUAGCCGCCGCCGCUGCCCCAGAGCUAGCGGCGUUAGCUGCAGCCAAGGCCAUAGCCGAGUGGGGCUGUCCGGCCACCGACAUCACCCACCUCGUCAUCAGCACCAACUCUGGCGCGCACGCCCCAGGAAUCGACCUCCGCCUGGUCUCUCUCCUCGGCCUGCGUGUGUCCGUCUGCAGGACCGUGCUCAACCUCAACGGCUGCUCCGGCGGUGCCGCCUCGCUGCGCCUCGCCAAGGACCUGGCCGAGAACAACCGCGGCGCGCGCGUGCUGGUGGCCUGCGUCGAGCUCACCGUCGUCUCCUUCCGCGUGUGUCCGUCUGCAGGACCGUGCUCAACCUCAACGCUCAUCAGCCAGGCGGUCUUUGGCGACGGCGCGGGCGCGGUCAUUGUCGGCGCUGAUGCCGUGCACUCCAUUGAGCGCCCGCUCUUCGAGAUGGUGUCAGCCUCGCAGAACACGAUACCAGCAACCGACGGCGUCCUCACCAUGCAGCUCACGGAAGCCGGCCUCGACGGGCACAUCUUCACCCGGGAGCUCAUUCCUCUAGCGGCGAAGCACAUCGAGCAGUGUCUCACGGACGCGUUUGAGCAGCUUGGAAUCAUCUGUGGUGGCACCAAAUGGAACGAUCUGUUUUUUGUGGUGCACCCUGGCAUCCGUGGAAUAAUGGACCACAUCCAACGGGCUCUGCGGCUGGAUCCCGGGAAGCUGGCGGCGAGCCGGACUGUGCUCAGAGACUACGGGAACAUGCUUGGUGCCACGCUGAUCUUCGUGCUCGACGAGCAACGGCGGCAGAUGGAGGAGACGGGUGAGUGGGGUGUGAUGAUGGGAUUUGGACCAGGGUUCACGGUUGAGACCAUGCUGCUGCAUUCGGUAGCCAGAAACUUGCACGACAAGAACUGACACUCCACCAAUUCAUAAGCUACACCUGUCAUAUAUAAAUAAUUUCAAACUAAAAUAAACAAGUUCAACUGUAAGCACUCACAUCAUACAACUUGCUCUCUAGCUAGGGCAUCACAGUAUACUAGGGAGAGGAUUUGUGCCAUGCCACACAAGUGCGGGAGCAAGCAUGUCCCUGUGCCCACGUUUUAUUUUGUGUUUUGACUUUCAAAGUUUUAUAUAUUUUAAACGAAAAUCCAAAUUAAGUUAUGUUUUCAUAUUCGUAUUUCUCGUGACCAGCGCUUUCAAAUAAGGUCACCUUAGCUUUAAUAUAGUUUGAUGAAUUUAGGAAAUAUAUGUUAAUUUCAAUGUUGAAACUAUCGAACUGCCGGCGUCUAGCGAGGUGAUCGGACUACCGGCGUCUCGCGUCCAGGGAUCUGAGUCCGAUGAUGAGAUCCAGGAGAUCUUUCCUCGGGCGUCUACUGCUGGUGGU